CGAUAGGACACGUUCAGUAAAUUUACACAAUGAAUAAAAGUAGAUUCUACUUUCAUCUCUUUGAGGUUACUAUUGUCCAAAUGCUCAAGGCACACGGCUUCGAUAAAGCCAAUAAUCAACAUGUACUUGAGGUAUUCACGGAUAUUGCUGUUCGAUAUUUCAAUCUACUCGUACGAACUGUUAUCAAAUUUAUGGAAUUGCGUGACGAUUGUCACCCAAAUAUAAAGGAUAUAACACUUGCAUUUCUAGAGCUCAAAGUAAUAUCUCCCCACAAAGAACUUGACAAGUAUGACAUUGAUCCAUUAACUAAUACCGGAAUAGAGAAUUUUGAAAAAUGGUUUAACGACGACAUGAAUACCAGAUUAAGAGAAGUUGCAAGGCCGACAAGAGAACUAUUAGAAACGAACAAAAAGGCUAAACUACAACUUCUAAAUGUGAGUUCUAAAAUGGACAAUUUGACAAAAGCUUUAGAUGAGCAAGCAAAGCAAGCCCAAUUGCAAAACCCUACCAUGCCCUACCUACCUCCACCAUCUGUGUCAAGCACAAAACAGACGCCAACUCCUUACAAUAUGUAUACAGGUAUACAGACGUUCCCACUGGCUGACCCGCAGCUGGGAAGUUCUUUCAAUACGCAAGAAAACCAACAAAGUGAACUUCUUGAUGGCGAUCACAAUGAGAGCGAAAAUCUAAUGGAUGGCUAUGAAAUACCACCAAGUGCAGUAGAUGAAGAUUGGAUACAAUAUUUGAUCAGAGACCAAAUAGCGACACAUCUGGUAUCGAACGGAUUACACCAAAAGAAUCAUUCUACACAAUCCGCCAACGGCAAACCUAGUGAUAAUCACCACUUGAAGCCAGCUCUAUUCAAAGACACCGUAUUGAACGAAUAUAUACCCAAAGAUCUGAGAAAGUUCAUUGAAACUGUUCCAAAAGCGAGGAAUGACUUCUUAAUAGCAGGCCCAAUGCCUGAAAAGUUAUUACAUACCUUCCCUUACUACAAAAGUGACGAUGAAAGUGAUUACCUUACCGGCGAUGAAAAUGACAGUGGCAGUGAAAGCGAUGGUAGCGGUGAAGAUGGUGAUGAAGAGGUUGAAGAAAAUACAACCCACGGAGAUAAGAAUAAUACCACCAAUAAAUUGGAUGCGGAUAAACAUGCCAGUUCUGGACUAGCAGCGUACGACUAUUAUGAGCAUCACAAAUUGUAUGAAGAUGAGAUGGAGGAUCUGGAUUUAUAUGGUCAAGGAGAUUCUACUGCCUCCCAUGAUCUCAAUCUUUUCGGUUGAGUUUUCUAUCUUUACUAAAUAGUCUGUAUAGUUUGGUUAU